AUGGAGCACUUAAAAGAAAUUAUGAACGAGUAUGAAAAAAUCAAAGUGCGCCUAAAAAAGAGCAAGUACGAGUAUAUGGAAAAAAUAGGCGCAGACGCACCGACUGGGAAAUUCUAUGCUGAAAAGAAUGUUUUUCAUAAUUUAUUUAAAGUGAUUGAUAGUUAUUACUGUUUACUCCUUUUUUUUGGAAAAAGAAGAAAAAAUAAAAAUAAAAAUAAAAAAAGUAAUAGGAAUAGGAAUAGGAAUAGAAGUAGAAGAAGAAGUGGAAGAAGAAGUGGAAGAAAAAGUAGCAGUAGAGGUAGAAGUAGAGGUAGAAGUAGAGGUAGAAGUACACGUAGAAGUAGAAAUAGAAGUAGAAAUAGAAGUAGAAAUAGAAGUAAAUAUAGUUAUAGUGAUAGAAGUACACGUACAAGUAGAAAUAUUCUUGUAGGGGUUGACAUUGACAGUGAUGCGGAUGAUACCACCUCUAACGAUGCUGCUAAUGGCAGUCGCUUUCACCCGCGCAGUUGCAUUAGGAACGACGAUAUAGUGAAACAAAAGGAGGAGAGGAAAAGGAAAAGGAUGAACAGUUACAGAACAGACGAAGAAAGCAUUGUAAUAAAAUUAGAAAGAAAGAAAGUAAUACAAAAUAGACACAUAAAAAAAAUUAAAAAUUUUGUCAAAAUGAACAAAACAAUUAAUAAGUUUAAAAAUUAUAUAGAAAAGACUUACAUGAAAAGGGUUAGUUAUAACGAAGAGAAAAGGGAAAAUAAAAAAGAAAAAAAUGUAUAUUUACAAACUCCCGCUCAUACACGCAGGAUACGAAUCAACACAGAACAAAAUGUAUAUUUUGACAAGUUCGUGUUGAGCGUAAUUAAUUUUUUACAUUCUCUUGUUGAAGCCGGGGGGAAGCAUGAUAUGAGAGAUAACAACAUCGACUACACUGCAAACUUCGAAUGUGCAAACAAUUUUACAAAUCAAUCGAAUGGAAUUAGUAGUGUUAGAAGUCAUAGCAAUGGGCACGGUGAAGGAGGGCCUCACGUUGAACCGUUAAAGAGGGAGGAGAGGGUGGAUGUACAUAAUGAAGACAUAAAAUUAAAGAUGAAUAAAAAGAAUUGGAACAAUUCACAAAAAUGCUAUUUUUUUUAUUCAAAUGGAAAUUCUUUAAAAAGCGAAAAAGAUGAUAAAUAUAUAUUUGGGAAAAAAAAAAAAAAAAAUGAAAAAAAAAAAUUUCUUUUUUUUUUGGAAAUUUAUAAAAAAAAUAUGCAUCAUAUUAGUAGUAGUAACUCAUACGUAUUCUAUUAUUACCCCUCUUUUAUAAUUAGAAAAAUAGACGAGAAUUUAUUAUACCUCAUUGACAGUGAUAUGAACUUAAUAAAAAUUAUGUUUUAUUUUAAUGUUAUACACUUAUUUGUUUUUUAUUUGUAUAUUAUAAAUUGUUCAAAUGAUUAUUUGCUUGCUUAUAUAUAUAUAUUUCUAAGCAUAGCUGGAAAUUUUAAGACAAACUUUAAAUUGUCAUCCAGAAUUAUAGAACAAAAUAAAAACAUUCUUACCGUAUUUUACGUGUUUGCAAGUAUUUUGAAGUCGAACAUACUUGGGAGUGGUGAUCAUCCCUUAUAUGUUGAUGUUCCUCAAGAAGAGAAUUACAUGGAUACUACAACUAAAAAUGGAAGUAAAACGAAUAGUUCUUUAUAUAGAGAGGUGAGUGAAAUCGGUAGUUGCUACUUUCUGGGUGAUCUGGAUAAGUUCUAUGUAUCUAAGAUCAGAGGAGAUUUAAAAGAGGAGAUGUACAUGAGAAGGGGGGGAAGAAAGCAUGGGGUAACCAGUAGAACUCAUAUUAUAAGUACUAGUAGUACUAGUAGCAGCAGUAGUAGUAGUAGUAGUAGUAGUAGUAGUAGUAGUAGUAGUAGUAGUAGUGGAAGCGACAAGGGACGGAGUUGUAGCCCACCGCAGGCGCAUAACCAGAACAACGAAGGUAUAACGACCAAAAAGACGAGGCUUUUCCCUAACAGGGAGGGUAGCAAGAAGAGGGAAGGAGUACACGUAGAAGAAGUAUAUAAUGAGGGAAAAAAAAAAAAUGUACCAUGUGAGAAAUUGAGAAGAAAUAUUCCAUACAACUUAAAGCGACUAAAUAUAACACGCGAAAGAGGCGAGUCAAGUAAAUCCAGAAAUGUUGAGUUUACACAUAUAAAGGAAAACUUAACUCAAUAUAAACAUUUACUUAAUUACUUUAGCUCAAAUAAAGUAAAUGACAAUUCUAGAGAAGAGGAAGAAAGAAAAAAUAUAAGUAAAAAAUAUUAUUGGUAUUAUACACUCAUUAAUAGUGAGAAUGAAGUCGAUUCAGUAAAUUUAGCUCUAAACUUAAGUACAACUAAUCAUAAUAAUUUAUCUUUCUAUAAAAGUUAUAUAAAAGAACAUAUUUAUAAUCUCUUUUUAAAUAAAUAUAAUUUAAAAAUUCCAAAAAAUGAAAAUCCUCCGAAUGAAUCAGAAAAAAAGGAGCAAACAAAUAGCCUCUCAAUCCUUGGCAAUUACAAGAAACUGUUUAGUCAGUUUUUUUCCUAA